UGGGCAGAGAUAUCGUAUUUUAAAUUGAAUGUUCAGAUAUUAAAACCUCAAAAGUUAUAUAUGGCUCUUAUAUUUAUAAAAUAAUUUAUUAAUUGUAAAUAUUAUAAAGACUGACUAGUUAAGUUAGUGAUAAUGGCAACUGCUCCGGCAGCCGAUCCUGAUUUGGAAACAAAGGUUAAAAAAGCAACUGAAAGAAUUUCUGAAAAUAUGCACAUCGUAGCUAAUGAGCCAUCUCUAGCAUUUUACCGAUUGCAAGAACAUGUUCGAAAAGCAUUACCGCCCAUGGUGGAAAAAAGAGUUGAAGUAACAAAGUUACAUCAAGAACUUCAAGGAAGAUGUUAUGAUGUUGAAUAUGCUGUUGGGGCUGUGAAAUCCAUAGAAAAUGCAGAUGGCUGUUUUCAGAAUAUACAAGACCUCUUAAAAAAUGCAAUAUUUUUAAAACAACAACUAAAAUAUGAAGAAUCACGUAGAAGUAAACGUGAUGGCAGUUCAGUGUACAAACGUCUCUCUGCACAUAUAACAAUGGAUUUGUCUGAUAUUUCUGGCGCUGUCAGAGAAACAACACAUCAGUUAGAAAAUAUGAUAGGAAAUAUGCAAACACGAAACUCAAAUAAUUCUAAUGGUACAGAAUUACAAAGAUCCCAUACUACUUUACAUUGACAAUAAUUUAUUUAAAAUCGGCUAAUGUAAAUAUUUGUAUGCAGGUGAAAAUAACUGAGUGAUUUUUGUAAUAUAUGUGUAGUUCAUAAAAAAAUUGUGUUAUAAUUUUA